AAAAGGUCAACAUAUCAAAAAUGUACGUUACUGAAUUUAUUGAUUCCAAAAUAAAACAGCGGAGAGUGCUAUUGAUAUCAAAACAAAAAUCUCCAGUUUGUCAGACUAUUGAGGGAAUUUUGAGAACAUACAAUCUGAAUAAAGAACAGGAUAACAAUUUUGAAGUACUAUGCAUAGAUUGCAGGAGUGAUUGUGCUACAGUAGAAACAUAUUUAUGGCAUAAGCUAAUCUACAGAAACAGGCAGGUGAUUGAUGACUUAUCGCAUGCUUCUUUAACCAUUUGAUUUAAUAUGCCUCAGAUUUACGUCUUUCAUCUUAAAUUCCGAUAAAAGGCACGGGACAUCAUCGGUCAAAUUCUCAUGCGUCUGUUUAUACAGUCAGUAUCUCGCUUUAUAUGUGAUAUUUAUAACUGUAUAUACAUAUGUGUGGACUUUGUGUUUUUUAAAGUUAGUUGCAAAAAUCAUCUAACUAUUUAAUCAAAACAUAGUGGAUACGUUAAAUUUACUGAAAGGUACCACAUUUAUUUCUGGAUGGCAAGCACAUAGGAGGAGAACCAGAAAUAAAGCGCUUACAUGAAAGCGGUGAAAUGAGACGAAUAUUUAAGGAAGCAGGUCUUUGAAAACUCCUUAUAAUCAAAGUAACAAACUCAGGAAUGUAGAAAGGAACUUAUUAUUGCCAAACACUUCCAAUAGAAGGUUGCUACGAAAUAUAUACCAUAUUGAAAUUAAAGUGACGUUUUAUUGAUCUCACGAAACUACCCAAGAAAUAAAUAAUUAAUUUCGUUUCAAACUUAAUAUACGACAAUAAAUUAGACAGGAAGCAGCAGCAAAACGAAUCAAAUUAUAAUACUACUAAAUCAUCC